GAAGAAGCAAUCUUCCAAUCACAAGUGACCAGAAGUUUUUAGCGCACAAUUUAAAAUAGGCGUUACACUUGUCUGGGCAGUAAGAUGUUUGGGAGAGAAAAUAAGUAGUGGCGACAGAAAGAAAACGGAUAACAAUGACAGAAGAAUCAGCUGUAAAAGUGUGUGUACGUGUUCGACCUCUCAUAGAAAGAGAAGAGGAGUCAACGGACUCAACAGAGCCUGGACAACUAUUUUGGAAAGCUGAGAAGCAUUCAAUUCAACAACUUGAUGAUGGAAAUCUUUCUAAAAGUUUCAAUUUUGACCGAGUUUUCAAUUCGGAUGAAACAACCGAUCAGCUUUAUCAAGAACUUGCAAAACCUCUUGUGGUCUCCGCUGUCGAAGGAUACAAUGGAACAAUAUUUGCUUACGGACAAACUUCCUCCGGAAAGACUUUCACUAUGAUGGGGAGCGAUCUUAUUCCAGGAGUGAUACCCUUGGCAAUGGAGGAUGUCUUCCAGACUAUCAAAAAUUGGCCAAAGAAGGAGUUCUUAUUGAGAGUGUCCUACAUGGAAAUCUAUAAUGAAACUGUCACAGAUCUGCUAUGUGACAGUUGGAAAAGGAAGCCGUUAGAAAUCCGUGAAGGGACCAAUAAAACUGUUUAUGUGGCAGACCUAACAGAGGAACUGGUAACAUCCCCUAACCAAGCUCUUGCGUGGAUUCGAAAAGGAGAAAAGAACCGUCACUACGGAAAGACGAAGAUGAACCAACGGAGCAGUCGAUCACACACCAUUUUUCGCAUGAUCAUCGAGAGCCGUGAGAGUAAUGACAACUCGUCUGGUGAAAAUGCAGACGGAGCUAUUAUUGUAUCCCAUCUGAAUCUGGUUGACUUGGCGGGAACUGAACGGGCCAGCCAGACUGGGGCUGAAGGCACACGUUUCAAAGAGGGAUGUAAUAUCAACCGCAGUCUGUUCACCCUUGGUCAAGUCAUCAAGAAGCUGUCUGAUGAAAGCCAGAGGGGCUUCACCAACUACAGGGACAGCAAGCUGACGCGAAUACUCCAGAACUCCUUGGGCGGAAACGCGAAAACGGUCAUCAUCUGCACCAUCACCCCAGCAACCAUCGAAGAAACUGUCAGCACCCUUCAGUUUGCCAGCGCAGCGAAGAAGAUGAAGAAUGACCCGCACGUCACAGAAGUCUCUGACGAGGGUGCCCUGUUGAAAAGAUACAGGAAUGAAAUCGUGGAUCUCAAACGACGCCUUAAUGAGGUUUCUUCGGGCACUCAAACGACAGAGUCGCUGUCCCAGCUUCUGCAAGAAAAGGAUCAGCUGCAAAGAGAACAACAGGACAGGAUAAAAAAUCUGACCCAGCUUCUUGUAACCAGUUCGAACUUUGUUCCACUCAAAAAGGUACCAAAACGGCGAGAGACCUGGGGUGGAAAGCUGCUGAGGUCUGCAGACCCACUUGACUUUAACGUUGGAAAUGUUGGCAGUUAUGUUGAGCCAUUCUUCAAAAAGCGAAAAGCCAGCAUGUUGACAGAGCAGAACGAAGACGGAGAGGACAUUGAUUCCCGUUGGUAUGUUCCUGAUGAGUCGACUUUUGAUAUGGACAUGGAUCAAAGCUGUGUGACUGUGCGCAACCAUUUGGAAAAUGGAUCUCCUCAAAGAGUCAGUGAGUUGUCUGACAAGGUCUCUUGUCUGGAGCAACUGCUUGAAACUGAGAUUCAACAGAAACGGGAGGCCAUGGAAAAGUUCCAGGAUAUGGACAUGAAAAUGGUUGACCUAGUGCAGCAACUUGAAACUGAGAUCAAGCAGAAACAAGAGGCCAUGGAAAAGUUCCAGGAUAUGGACAUGAAAAUGGUUGACCUAGAGCAACAACUUGAAACUGAGAUCAAGAAGAAACAAGAGGCCAUGGAAACGUUCCAGGAUAUGGACAUGAAAAUGGUUGACCUACAGCAACAACUUGAAACUGAGAUCAAGCAGAAAGAGGAGGCCAUGGAAAACUUGCAGGGUAUGGACAUGAAAGUGGUAGAUCUGGAGAAACGUCUGGAGGAAAAUUCCCAAAUGGCCACCAAUGAUGAGACGCAGAUGAAACGAGAAUUUGGGGAUUCCUUACAAUUGUGUGAGACGCUGAUGGCUGAAAAGGCAAUUAAGUCUUCUGAGUGUGAUUAUCUCAAGCUAGAGCUUGGCAUCUUCAUAGAACAGACAAAGUGUUUGGAGAAAGACAAUUCUGCGCUCCACAAGGAGCUGAAGGCCAGGAAGGAAAUGGAUGAAUUUAAAUCUCUGGAAGAAGAGUGCAAAAAGGAAUACGAGAAAGAACUGCAGAAUGAAAUCUCCACUCUUAAGAAGACCAUGGCGACCUCCGAACUCAAAUGUCAAGAGCUGAAAGCCAGUUUGGAGACCAUGUCAGAACAGCUCAAGGAGAAGUCCGACUGGGCCGAGGAGCUGCAAAGUCUGAGCGACAAGGAUCUGGUCCAGCAGGUCAAGCAGCUGCGCCGCUCUCUGGAUGACGCUGAGGGCUUGAGUCUCGACACCAAGAAGGAAUGGGCCUUUUUACGCAGUGAGAACAUCUCGCUCAAGGAGAGAGAUGUGACCCUGACUGCCGAUGUUGAGAAGAUGAGAGCGGAGGUGAACAGACUUCACCAUCAGCUGGAGUCGGAGAAGUCGCGCUUCAAAAAAAUGCAGUCGGACCUCCAACGGGAGCUGCAGGGAGUCUUUGACGAGAACACCAAGCUCACCACUCUACUGGACGGAAAAGUUCCCAGAAAUCUCAUAGAUAGUGUUGAACUUGAAAGAACGGUUUCUGAACUCAAGAAGGAGCUUCAGGCCUGUCAUGAGGAAGAGAGAACCCUGCAAGCUAAGUUGGACGAUCUUGCUGGGCUCCAGGACCUUCCGGAUAAAGUGGACGGUUUGACGAAACAGGUAUGUGACCUGACUGAGAAGCUCUGCGGGGUCCAGGCAGAGAGAGAUGGUUUGGUCUCUGCCAGCGCCGGCCGUGACGAGGAGAUUCUGCGGCUCCAGGAGAGCUUCCAGGCUGGCCAGGAGCAGCUGGAGAGUCUCCAGGCUGACCUUAGCAGCGCCGCGUUGAGGGAGAACAGCCUGGACCUGCAGCUCUCUGAGACCAACACCCAGCUGGAGAAUCUUCGCCAGGAACUGGAGCGCUCUGUGGCGCACAACAGCCAGCUUUUGACCGUGGAGGAAUCCAACUUGAGACUUGAAGAAAGUCAGAGGCAACGAGCAUCCGUUGAAGAGAAACUCGGGGAAGUUCAAGAGCUUGUGAAAGUCUUGGAGGAGAAGAUUGCGGAUGGAGAAUCCGUCAGCAAUAGAGAGGAACAUUCUGGAAAGACAUUGGAAGAACAGAUUAAGCAGUUGGGCGAGGAGCUGGAGAGUGUUCGAGAGGAGAGAGACCGUCUCCAGUCUGACAUGACAGACACUCCUCAGAAUCACUCAGAGGAGCUGGAGGAACUGCUUUCUAAAGUGACUUCUCUCACUGAGGAGAGAGACCGUCUCCAGUCUGACAAGACAGACACUCCUCAGAAUCACCCAGAAGAGCUGGAGGAACUGCUCUCUAAAGUGACAUCUCUCACCGAGGAGAGAGACCAGCUGCAGGAGAUACUGGAGGGAGUGAGGGAGGAGAGGAACCAAUUUAAGAUGGACAUACAAGAAAAUGUAGAGAUGAUGAUUGAAAAUCAAGAAGAACUAAGGGCAGCCCUUGAGAGGAAUCGCGAACAACAGAAGAGGAUUAAACUGUUGGAGACAACCCAGAGUCCUCUCCAGAAGAACCUGGGCAGUGAAGACAGCCGGCUGGAGGAGCUGCAGACUCACAUAAGACAGUUGGGUGAGGAGCUGGAGAGUGUUCGAGAGGAGAGAGACCGUCUCCAGUCUGACAAGACAGACGGUGCUCAGAAUCACUCAGAGGAGCUGGAGGAACUGCUCUCUAAAGUGACUUCUCUCACUGAGGAGAGAGACCGUCUCCAGUCUGAGAAGACAGACGGUGCUCAGAAUCACUCAGAGGAGCUGGAGGAACUGCUCUCUAAAGUGACUUCUCUCACCGAGGAGAGAGACCAGCUGCAGGAGAUACUGGAGGGAGUGAGGGAGGAAAGGAACCAACUCAAGAGAGACAUAGAGGAGAUGUGUGUGGUGACUAGCUCAUUGAACCAUCAUGGAGAGGACAAUGUCAAACAGCAGCUGUCGUCUGACCAGCAGAGCCAGACCUCAGAUAACAGCUCUUUACUGCGAGAGCAGAUGAAGGAUAUUAGCGAGGAGCUGGAGAGUGUUCGAGAGGAGAGAGACCGUCUCCUGUCUGAGAACACAGACGGCCCUCAGAAUCACUCAGAGGAGCUGGAGGAACUGCUCGCUAAAGUGACUUCUCUCACCGAGGAGAGAGACCAGCUGCAGGAGAUACUGGAGGGAGUGAGGGAGGAGAGGAACCAACUCAAGAGAGACAUAGAGGAGAUGGAGAUGUGUGUGGUGACUAGCUCAUUGAACUGUCAUGGCGAGGACAAUGUCAAACAGCAGCUGUCGUCUGACCAGCAGAGCCAGACCUCAGAUAACAGCUCUUUACUGCGAGAGCAGAUGAAGGCUAUUAGCGAGGAGCUGGAGAGUGUUCGAGAGGAGAGAGACCGUCUCCAGUCUGAGAAGACAGCCGGUGCUCAGAAUCACUCAGAGGAGCUUGAGGAACUGAUCUCUAAAGUGACUUCUCUCACCGAGGAAAGAGACCAGCUGCAGGAGAUACUGGAGAGAGUGAGAGAGGAGAGGAACCAACUCGAGAAAGAACUUGAGCAGAAUAUAGAGUCUGUUCUGCAGGUCCACGCAGAGCUGAAACAGCAGCAGCAUCUGAACUCUGAACUCCAGACUGAGCGAGAGCAACGAGAGGUUCAGCUCCAGCAGCAGAUCAAGGAUCUGGAAGAGGAGCUAGCCACAGUGCAGACAGAGAAGAGCCAGCUGAAGACUGCUCUGCAGGAAAAAAUGGAGAUGGCCAGUGAGACUCAGGGACUCCUGUCCUUUCUUCAAGAGGAACACAAGCAGCGCGGCUCUGUUCUUGAGGAGAAGGAGACUGUGCUACGACAACAGACUAAAGAUCUGAGCGAGGAGCUCGAUGGUUUCCGAGCGGAGCAAGACCGCCUCCAGGCCAAGCUGGAGGAGCUGCUCUCUAAAGUGACUUCCAUCACCGAGGAGAGAGACCAGCUGCAGGACAUACUGGAGGGAGUGAGGGAGGAGAGGAACCAGCUCAAGAGAGACCUCGAGGAGGCAGAGGAAAGAAUGGUCAAGGCCCAGGAGGACUUGAAAGAGCAGCAGGAUCUCCAUAAUGAAGGAGAACAACGAGAGGUCCAAAUGAAACAGCAGAUAGAGCAACUGGCGGAGGAGCAGGUGAGUCUGAGAGAGGAGAAGGCAGAGCUCCAGAGGAACCAACAGGAUAUGGUGCACAUGGUUCUGCAGGUCCAGUCUUCCCUCAGAGAACAGCAGCAUGUCAGAGAAGAGGAGCAGGCUGAGACGAAACAGCAGGAGGCCCAGUUCAAACUGCAGUUGAGGAAACUAGAGGAGAACAUACAAGCCCUCAAGGAGGCAGAACUCCAUUUGAAAUCGGAGGCGGAGACCUCACAUCAGCUGCUUAGCGAGGCCAAGCAGACCAUCCAAGUCCUGACGGAGCAGAUCAAAAGCCUGGAGCAAAGCACCAGUGUUGCCAAGGCCCCAGGAGAGAGACUGGGCCUGGGAGAAUCCUCUCAGCAGCUGCAGGACUGCUUGGCGAGGUUCCAGCGAGUGCUGGAUGUGCUGUCACAGGCAGAACUCGCCCCCCUGGAGGAGGCCUCCGUUGUGGAAAACAAACUGUCCUUACUGGUGCUCCCCUAUGUUCCCAAACCCACCAAGAAGCUCUACAGCAGUGUGUUCAGAUCCACAGAGGAGGCGAAGCUCAGACUGUUUGAAACGAAGAGUGUGUUGAGAGGCAUCGCUGAGGAGUACCGCUGUGGCUUUGAGGCCCUGGUGAAGCAGGACCUGGCUGUGUUUGAGGAGAGGAGACUCCAGGAUGUCCUCCUGUGCCGAGCCCAGGCUGCCUGCUACUCUGUGGGGGGUGGAGACCUCCAGCGGGGCUGGGAACAGAGACUUUCCCAGCUGAACCAUAACAGAGGAGAUUACCUUCAGAAAAUGACCAGAGUUUUGGAGAAGCUUGAGAAGAACGUCUCCGCUUACACAGACGCCCUGACGGAACAGCUCAGAACAUGGCAGCUGGCCACCGAGGACCUGAGAGCCGUGUGUGAGAUCCAGCCAGCAGCCCCAGCUGCUGUGGAGAGAUACCUGCAGAGAGAGCUGUCUCUCCGCUCCUCUGCUGCCCAGCACAGGAAGACAGCCCUCCAGGGACUGCGAGAGGAGCACCGAGCUCUGCUUGAAGAGCUGAAGCAGGCGGAAGAGAGAGCUGGUGCUCGGAUGAGAGGGGAGAGGAGCAAGACCUUCACCCUGCUGCAGGGGCUGGACAAGGCCCCGAUCCAGACUGAAGUAGAGCUACUCAAGACCAACCAGCAACUGGCCCAGCAGCUGGAACACUCCGACACGGAAAUCAAGGUGAUGCAGCACAGGGUGGUUCAGCUGGAGGACGCUCAGAGGGAGGUCGACAACAGAGUCUCCACACACCAACAGACUGCCCAGCGGCUCCAGGCUCAGCUGCAGGACGCCUGUGCCCAGGUUCAGGAGAAGGAGGCUGCUAACCACACCCUCAGAGACAGACUGAGGAAGACAGAGGUCCUGGUCCAGGCGGAGGGAAAGCAACCUCCCAGUGCGACUGAGAUGGAGAUGAAGACCAGACUGGUGAACAUGGAGGUUGAGAUGACGGCGGUCUCCACCAAACACCAAGACGAGAUCCUGAGGAUGACCACGAUGCUGAACCAUAAGGAGGAAGCCCUGAGGAAACUGAGAGAGACACUGAGGAAAACCCAGCAGGAAGAGGAGCAGUCAUUCGUCAUGGAGGGAAAGGAACUUCACGCUCGACUGACCACCACCAGAGGGCGCACUCUCCAAAGCAGAGUUUCCCAGGAGAAGAGCAAGCUGGAGGUGGAAGUGUCUCAGCUACAGCAGAAGAUCAAGGAGCUGGAGAGCCUGGUGUCCAGUCAACACAUUGAAAUCUCUAAAUGGAAGGAUAGAGCCCUUAAACUGAAGGGGAGGAGGAGAGAGGUGUUUGACCAGUCUCCAAGCACUCCCACCAGGACGCGUCUGCCUGCCAUGUCUGAGGGCCUGUUCCUCGGGUCGCCUAAGAGAGGCCAGGACUCUGCUAAACCCUCCAUCCUCGACUCUCCCAAAAGCAAGUUCUUUGAUGCUCGACCAGGUUCUGAGAUCAAUUUCAGCCAUCCCCACCAGUUCUUCGAUAACUCCCGCCUGGACACCAUUCCAGACGGAGCUGCAGAUAAAAAAGAAGAAUGGUGGCCUCUGUCACCUAAACAAGAAGAAACAUGCAAAACGCAGUAAAUUCUAGACCUUUUUAGCCACCUUUUAAAUUGUACACGUAUUAAGCAAAUCUUCUCUUUUUGUUCAAUGUCCUAAUGUUGUGUUUUCAAUAAUAAAGAGUUAGUUUCAACGGAUAAAAUGCCUGUGUCAUUGUCCACUGAAGGUAUCAGCUGUUAUUUAAUUGUAGCUUUCCCCAAAGCACAG